CUCCAUGGAUAAAAGGAAACACUAGCCGCCACCAAACUCUAGAAGCCGUCACUCACUCCCCCCGGCGCUCUUUAGCGAACUCCCAGAGCACUCUCUCACUUUGCCCGUCUGAAAGAAGAGAAAGAAAUGAAGAUUCCUGAGUAGAGAUAGUCGCUGAGAAUCGAUCGAUCGCUGAAAGAAUCCGAGGCAAGACAGAGAAGGAUCGUUUGCUAGGGUUUUAUGGCGUCAGAGGAUGUAGUGGGGAAGACGACGAGCGAGUCGGCGGUAUCAACGAUCGUCAAUCUGGCGGAGGAGGCAAAGCUAGCGAGCGAAGGCGUUAAGGCGCCGGGCCACGCGAUCCUCACCAUCUGCAAAUCACUUGUCGCUGGAGGCGUCGCGGGUGGAGUGUCACGCACUGCCGUUGCUCCUCUUGAGCGAUUGAAAAUUUUGCUACAGGUUCAGAAUCCUCACAGCAUCAAGUACAAUGGAACAAUUCAAGGCUUGAAGUAUAUAUGGAAAACCGAGGGUUUUCGGGGGCUAUUUAAAGGCAAUGGUACCAAUUGUGCGCGUAUAGUUCCAAACUCAGCGGUCAAGUUCUUUAGCUAUGAGCAAGCAGCUAGAGGAAUUUUAUGGCUUUAUCGGCAACAACCUGGCAAUGAAGAUGCUCAGCUCACUCCUCUCUUACGCCUUGGAGCUGGAGCAUGUGCUGGAAUUAUUGCCAUGUCAGCAACUUAUCCCAUGGACAUGGUACGAGGCAGGUUAACUGUUCAGACGGAGAGGUCUCCUUAUCAGUAUCGGGGAAUGUUCCAUGCACUGACGACUGUCCUUCGGGAGGAAGGUCCACGAGCUCUGUACAAAGGCUGGCUUCCUUCUGUCAUUGGAGUUAUUCCAUAUGUGGGCCUCAACUUUGCUGCUUAUGAAUCUCUAAAGGACUGGUUAAUCAAAACCAAACCGUUAGGACUGGUUGAAGACAAUGAGCUGGGCGUGGUAACUAGGCUUGCAUGUGGAGCCGCCGCAGGAACUGUUGGCCAGACUGUUGCUUACCCCCUUGAUGUCAUUCGCAGAAGAAUGCAAAUGGCAGGAUGGAAGGAUGCCUCCUCCAUUAUAACCGGUGAUGCGAGGGGCAAAGCACCAAUUGAAUACUCUGGCAUGGUUGAUGCGUUUAGAAAAACAGUCAGAUAUGAAGGGUUUGGAGCAUUGUACAAGGGUUUGGUUCCCAAUUCAGUGAAGGUGGUGCCAUCCAUUUCAAUUGCAUUUGUGACGUAUGAGACCAUGAAGGAUGUUCUUGGAGUGCAGAUGAGAAUAUCUGAUUGAAGGUGGAGCAGAAUAGGAAGCAUCAUCAAUACUCAGCUGAUUUUUGUAGGCAAAGGGAAAGAGACAACGGAUUGAUUCAAACAAAAACGGUAAAGUAAACAGAAAAUGGGGAAAGCACUGUUGCCGCCUGUGUUGGAAUUAUUCCUUGCAGCCUGUCCCAAACCCAACUGAAGAACACCAUAUUGGGUCUUCUCGGCAUCUGAAUAAGUGGUUGUUUGUAUGGUAAUAGCCCAAUUUGCGUAGCUUUGUUAAAUCUCUACCAUUUUUAAACCCUCUAUCUAAUGUCUGUUUCUGA